AGCUCUGUGACACACCUCUUCCUCAUGGCACCUGUGGUCUUCCAUGUAGGUGCAAACAUUUAGAUAUUUACAGAUAGUCUAGCUCAAUCAGGUGGGCAAUUAACUUUAGAAGUAGCUGAAAACUGAACAAGGUUUUCUCCAAUCAGAAACAAGAACGGUCAACAUCAAAAGAAAGUCUGCACCAAUCACAACAGUUCCCCAAGCCCCAUUGAUGUCUUCAGUGAUAUCCCAGUGCAUCAUGGAUCAUAACUUCAGUGCUCCUUGAUGAGUUCAGUUCUUGUGGAUUGUUUUAGAGGAGAGGGCUCACUCCUAGUUUUGUGUUUUCUCUGAAUUUUAAGAAUGACUUCUAAUGGGACUGAGAGUUGUGGCAAGAGUCUUCCUUGCAGAAUGGACCAUCUUCUUACUGCUGUGGAAAAUGAACUGCAAGCUGGAAGCGAGAAAGGGGAUCCAACAGAGAGAGAACUCAAAGUUUCUCUGGAGGAGACAGAUUUAUGGGCCAGAUUUAAGGAACUUACAAAUGAAAUGAUUGUCACUAAAAAUGGCAGGUAAGAAUGGGAUAUCCAUGCAAAUGAUCUAAAAAUUAUCAAGAUUUUCAUACCAUUGUGUUAUAUUCACUCUUGUCGAUAAUUUUGAGCAAGAAAAAUACAAGCAACAAGAAAUGACCUUUUAUACACAAAAUAAUUAUAAUGAUUGACAUAGUAUAACUACAGAUGCCAAAUCAUAAAUACAUUUUACAAUGUUCAUGCAAAUCCUGAAAUUACAAUUCUAAUUGUAUUGUGUUGUAGGUUUUAAAGGAAUUACAGGUAAAAAGUCAAAAUCAUUUCAAUAUGUUUUAAUAUGGUUUUCAUUUCAUUAUUUUAUACAGUUUAAACUAGCCUUUAAUUCGGUUUCUAAUCAUGUGAAAACAUUUUUUCCUCUGCUUAGAAAUAUUAGAUGCCUAAUUAAGGCACGCAAGAGUGUUCUUUAUAAAAAUAAUAGUGCAGGCACUCAUGGUAAUUUACUAAUGUGUGAAUUGCCAGACAUGUCAAGCAGCUAUGUUUUAAUUUUGACUUUUUAAAUCUCAAAUUCACUUUCAAGAUUAUUUACUAAAGUGUACAAUGUUGGGAAUUCAAGUGACUUUUAAAUGACACUUAUUAGCUGAACUGAAAACAUAGAUAGCUAGGUGAAUUUUGCACAUAUUGCCAUUUCCCCCCCUAAAAUUAAAAAUUCACUUUGAAUUCUCAUUAGAACACAGUUUAGUGAAUAACACUGACUUCCGUUUGAAUCAUUGACAAUUAACACUGUAGUGAAUAAAGAGGACAAUGUAUGAAAAAAUAUAUAUUAGAUGAGAUGUUAACCUAGUAGUUAAUACUGAUGAAUAGUGGCUCCUGCUGACAAAUCUGAACUUAAAAUUUAAAAAGAUGAGACUCACUACAUUAAAACUGACCAUAAUAUGUUUCUCAUUUAAUUUAUUCUUCUUAACAUAUUCCUCCUGUUUUGAGCCAAGUAGUCUCUGAUCAUACAAUGUUCAUGAACAGCAACAUCAGUUUCAAUGUAACAAGAUAUAUGAUAAACAUGUUACGCCUAACCAACUUAAACAUAUAUGACCUAAUUUUGUUGGGCUUUGAAACAUCCUAAAAUGAUCACAUUUGUUUAAAGACAUCACAAUUUGCACAUUUUUUUAGCAGUGUAUAAUUAUAUCUUUUUCUUUGCAGGAGAAUGUUUCCUGUGCUAAAAAUUAAUGUUACUGGUCUUGAUCCAAAUGCCAUGUACUCUUUCCUGAUGGACUUUGUGACUGCUGACAACAACCGCUGGAAAUACGUAAAUGGAGAAUGGGUUCCUGGUGGGAAACCUGAACCACAGGCACCCAGCUGUGUUUAUAUUCACCCAGACUCACCAAAUUUUGGAGCACACUGGAUGAAAGCUUCUGUCUCUUUCAGCAAAGUUAAACUUACCAACAAGAUGAAUGGAGAAGGCCAGGUAAUUUUAUUUUAAUUACGAGUUGUCGAUGGCCUCUGCGCAAUAAGUUGAACUCCUGACUGUAGAGAUCAUUUUGUAUUGUUUUUAUUGUACUGAAUAUAAUUGGAUUUGAAGCAAUCAUAUCUAUAAAUAAUAAUACAUCAGGUCAUUGUGUUUAAGAUGGAGCUAUAAAAUAUAUACUGUAUUGAAUUUUCUAUUUUGGUUAUCCUUUGCAUAAAUGGCAGCAGUGAAUUAUAUCAUGUUAUAUACACAUUUAGCAGUCAGACAGUUCUAACUUUAGCUAAUAAUUCUGUGAUAUAUUUGUUCCCAAGGGAAUUUUUGCUUUAAAGAUGCUGUUGAAUUAAAGUUCUGUCAAUGAAUGGAUAUGCAGAGAUGGUGUGUGCAGCAUCUCAGUUGUUCACAACAUUUAAGGGAUGCAGCUCUUUUUAUUUUUAGUAUUCUAAGAGUACAGUGUGACACUCACAGGAUACAUAAAUUAUUAGCAUUAUUAUGAUAACACACUUUAGUUAAUAUGAAGAGUAUUUACGAAACACUGACAUGUAGUUAACUGAAGACUGUCAAAUUUGGACAAAUCAACACAUUUACCUGAUGUUGGAAAACACACCACACAAUGUUUGUAAAAUUAAAAGUGCAUUUACAUGAUUUAUGAUUAAAUAUUGGUAUAUAUAUAUAUAUAUAUAUAUAUAUAUAUAUAUAUAUAUAGCUAGAUGUCUACUAUUAGUAAAAAUUAAAAUAAUAUUUACUUAUGCAAGUAUAAUUUUGAAUUAAACGUUUCUUAUUGAAAUAAUAUAAAAAUAUUAUUUUGAAGAAUCAUAACAUUUUACUUGAACAAUGUAUUUUGUUUGUUUCAGAUUAUGUUAAAUUCAUUGCAUAAAUAUGAACCCAGAAUUCAUAUAGUAAGAGUUGGGGGACCUCAAAAAAUGAUUACGAGUCAUUCAUUCCCAGAAACACAAUUUAUAGCUGUGACAGCUUACCAGAAUGAAGAGGUAUGAAAUAAUAUUUGUGUUUCCUUUUUGUUUUUAUUUUUAUGCCUUAUAUGAUUUUUAUGUUAGAGUUACUUACUGAAGUGUAAAUUUUGAAAAACUCAAAACAUAUCUCAAAUUUUAGACUAAAUUUGCCAAAUUUAAAAAAUCUUAAUGUCACUUACAGAUUGGCUUAUAUGACCUAAAAUUUGAAAUUUACUUAGAAUUCAAGGCAUUUCAGUUUCACACUUUAGAGAAUAACCUUGUGAGUGUUGAAGCGGUGAUCAAUAAAACAAAGAGCAAGCCACUCCAAACCUUAAUAUACCCUUAAGAGGACACUCCAAGAACCCAAAUUACUUUGAUGUAUAAGAAAGGUUAAAUAAAUACAGGUAACUUAAAGGUGAUUUUUGUAGAUUAGGUCAUAGUUGGUUAUGCUAGGUGUAUUUGUAAUCUUUCCAAUAAUUUUCUUUAGCUUUUCUUCUAUAAUCAUUAUAUUUGCGCCAGAAACAUAUAUUUUUGUCCCUCUCUCUCCACCUGCAGUUCCAUUUUUUUCUCUCCAAAUAAUACUAUUUUACAUUAUGUAUGAUGUUGGUUUUUAAAUACUUCAUAUUAUUCACUAGUAGACAAACAAGUGAAAAACAGUGAAUUAAAAGGUUACUCCAAGCACACAAUGAUUUGAAGUGGUCAUGAUGACUGGAGUCUGCACAUAGAUAGUUUAACCACUUUGCUGUAACCCUACCACUGGCAGCAUCAAUACAGCUUCAUUAAGCACUUAGAAUAGGAGUUCCAUGCUGGCUAAUGUUAAUGUUGUGCAUAUUUCUAUGCACAGAAGGUCAUUAAUUACCUGAGAGCAAACAGUAGACGCUUUAAGCCAGUGAAUCACUGGCAGUAUGAGCAUAUGGCUUGGGCGGCUUUGCAGAGAGCAGUUGCACGUCAACAGCAAUAGAGAACACUUGAUGUGUGGUUGUGCUCAUGUAAGAGGGCAGACCAUUGCCAACCAGUUUUCCCCAUUACCAGGAAACAUGGCCAUUAUAACUAUUGCAUCAUAACCAUUGCACCAGACUGUAGUGGUGAUAAUGCUUGGAGGACCCUUUAAGUCCACUUAAAAAUCCAUCUUAAGCCUUUUGGAACUAUCUCCAAUUGCUAAGUUGAUUCUGAUUUACCAAUCAGCAUCAAAAGACCAAGUAGUAAAUCUUUUUAAAAGGAAAUUAUUAGUGGAACUUUCUUGCUGUGCUCCUAACUUUCAAAGACAACCAUGUAAACAAUCCCUAUGUAGAUGAUGUGGAAAAAAACUUUUGUCCUCUUACUAUCAAGAGGGAUCUAGAGAAUGCCCCCCAAUGUUCCUACAACAACUUUACUUAAUGUUAUAUAUGGAGGGUGCUGAUUUGAAAUUAAUCAAAAAAGUAUGUACUGGGCUCAGUGGAAAUAUCAAGUAACAUGGAUCUUGAGUGUGUCCUUAUGAAAUACAAAUGUAUCAGCUGAUCGGACCUAAACCUCCUAUAUAGUAAGGCAGGUAGUGUCCACCAGCUGCAAAUGGGUUAAUAUAGUAAAGAUCUUAUAUAUAUAAGAAUCAAAUACCACAGAUACAAAUGUCUAACAUACCCCUAUAAAGAAGGUAUGCAUAAUUAAAAUGUAAAUGAAAAAAUGCAAAUGAAAAAUGCAAAUGGUAAAAAAAAGUCUGAAGUUAGUAAAAUAUAUGUACAGCAGACGUGAAACUUAUUAAUACUUUAUUCUCUGAACAGCACACUAAAAUAUAUAAAGACUAACGGUAAUAAAAAUAAAAAUAAAAAACAGUCCCACAUAUGAGAGGUGGAUAGUUUACCGGGUCACAGUAGACUGAGGGUCCAAAAAAGAUAGAUAUACGUUACUUUCUCUUGCCGGCCGGACAGAGAAGGAGGAGGACUGCCUCGUGCUAAGCUGACACCGGGUAUUCUCCGCAUGCGUUUCACUGCGGCUAUGCGUUCCAAAUCUCUCUCUCAGGAACUGAUGAUCGUCGGAUGCCUUCCUUACGCGUUUCGUGAUUUCAAAUCACUUCAUCAGAGGAUGGCAUCAAAGGAGCAUUAACUUCUUAUAUACUCCCUAACUUCCAUCGGUUAAUUGCAUAUAAUUGUUGAAUUAACCCUCCAUUCGCCAAGACAACAAAUUGGGAACAGAAAAGCUUUUUUUAAACCUUCUUUUAUAACAUCAUUAGAAUAGUUAAAAAUUAUUUAUAAAUAUCCAAAGAUAAUAAUAUUGUAUAAAUAAUGAUAAUAGAAGACAUAUUGACCAGUAAUUCAUUACAAUUGUACAUAAAUACAUGCUCUUAAGUACAUAGUUAUACAAGCACAUAAUUAUAUAAGCAAUCAUUAUGAAGAGUUGAUAAUUUGGUAUCAUCAUAAUAUUGUUACAUUAUAACAUUAUAACUUAAGAUACAUCCGCUGUUACGAGUAAGAAAAAAACGAAAUGGUUAUAAUGAAUGACAGAACAUCUAAUAAUUUACAUAAAGGGAAACAGAAAUUUUAAAAACAUAGUAAUCAAUAUACACCUAUAUUGUGAGAACAGACCGUCUACUGGAACCACAACUAAUUGCAAAAUACAGUGGGACAAGUCCUUUAAUAAAUCACUGCUGCUUCGAAGAAAAAAUCUAAAUCUAAAAAUACAUAUAAUAGUAAUAUAUAUGAGAAAUAAGAAUACGUAUGAGUGAUAAAUAUAUAAAAAAGAGAGAGGUGCGUCCGCUAUUACACAGUAUCGAAUACUUGAUAUCAAAGGAAACAAAAGAACCUGGUGAUCAAUGGGAACCAACAUGGUAGAGACAAACCAUCUGGUGUUACCAUAAUUAGCUAAAAAAUACAAUGGGACAAAUCAAGUAGUAACUAACUUACUUAAUGUUAUACCUUAACCUAAUGUUAUAAUAUUUCAGGCAAUCAUAUUGCUCUAUUAAUUCACUUUUGACUGCAUGGCAAAUUAAUCUAGAAUUGUAACUAAAAACUGACCAGGGCUAAUACUCUCUGCAAAUCAGUUAUUAGAGAAGUUCAUUUCCCAUAUCUUGAUUGAAUUAAACAUUUCAGGAACACAUAGCACUUGUGCUAUACUUAGAUCAGAGAAAAAUUACAAUCCAUCUGAACCUCAACAGGGACAGCAAAGAGAAAAGCAUUCAAUAGGAACCUGAAGAUAGAAAUCUCUUAUUCAAUAUAAAAAGUCAAGAUAAGCAGACAACAGGAAAAUAGUUCGAAUUAAAUGCUUAACAUGUUUCAGACACUUUUAGUUCUUUGUCAUGUACUUAAAGACUAGCAAUCUGAAAAGUGAUACACAUUUUACUUUUUUCUGUUAUAUAAAAUGCACAUCAAAAAUUUUUAUAUAAGAUCUUUCGUAAAUCAUUACACAAAACAUUGUACAGUACAGCCUAUACAUACAGUACAACACUAUAAAUGACAGUACAAUUUAAUACAAAAGGAGAAUAAACAGGCAAAAAGAAGAAAAAAAAAUCAACUCAUAACGGAGAAGAGGCUCAGCAUAGCAAACCCUAACAUAAUGUUUCGGCACAAUAACCCUUUAGCUUUUCUUCUAUUACUUUCUUUAGUCCAAUAGUUGAAUUUAUGAACAUUAUAAUAUGUGAUGGCCAUCAUGACAUCACGCUCAAUCUUGUGUGAUAAAACACCAAUAAGAGAAGGAAAAACAUUAAGAAAAAUGACUUCAAUUAAACACAAAAAAAAAUCCACACCAAAUAAAUGUCAAUACAGAAAUAAAGAGAGAAAUAUUGCAAAUAUAACACUGGACUGAAAAUGUUUGAUUGAUCAAUCACAUGACAGAAGUGCCCGUGUCAUCAUAGGACCCUAAUAGUCUACAACUGAAACUGCCCACACCUUUGUAACGCUUAUGAUUUUUAGCUGCCAGCUGUCUUAGUAGUUGACCAAAGUACCUAAUAUCAUUACUAGAAAUCCAUAUAAGCAAGGUCAAAUAAAUGCAAGCUAGUGUACUUAAGAAAACAAAAGUGUAAUAUAAUGUUAUACAUUUUGGAAUAAAUCAAAGAAAACAUUGCAAAAAACAAUAUAAUCACAAAUAAGUAAUGUGGCUCCUCCACAGUCAUUAAUAUAGUAAUGCCCAUCUAUUCUUUGAUGGCACUGGGUCAUUUUUGAGGGUCUUUAUUUCAGUUAGGACUUAGACGGUAUCUAUACCUUAUAUUUUCUUUAACACCACACUGUGAUGCAUAGAGAGACAGCCAUUUGUUUGUGGCUCAGCUGCUUUUUCUAAAUGUAUUCAAUUUUUUAGCUGCCGUUCGUUAAAUCGUUAUUGUUAGAAGCAUCUUACCUGAUACCCCAGAAUUAAAUGACUGAUUUGGCAUACCAAAUGUGAUACCGGCAUGACUUUUGUAGUUAGACCCUUGACUAGACUUGAAGAAUGGAAAAGAAGAAAAUAAUGUUCAAUUGAUCGUUCACAUGACUGGAAGUGCCCAAGUGAUCAUAAGACCCUAAUAGUGUACAAAUGAAAGGUCCAUGGCCACCCCUCUGGAAUGGUUAAGAUAUUUAUCAUCAGCCAUCGUUGUAAAUGGCCAAAGUACCUAAUAUCACACAACGAAAUCCAUAUAAAAAGGUCAUAUUAAAAAGUUGAGUUUCUUCUUUUUGUGUCGCUAAGAGCCUAAUUUUACUCUGUGACAAAUGUAUUUAAUUAAUUUAUGGCAACCUAAUCAGUUAAAAUUAAAUGUUUAAACUGUGUUGAAUUAUUAAUACUGGAUCAAGCAAAAUAUUCUAAUCCCAUAGCUAACACAAUCAUACAACCACUCUUAUGAGAGACACAAUUUCUUGAAAUUGUAAAAAUAAUCUUAGGAUGUGUUUGACUAAGUAAAUAAAAACAAACAGGAGAUAUCUGUGAUACAGAAGGUAGACAAUUUUACUCUAAUAGUUAUCCUACAUUUAAUUGAAUCUACAGUCUUUAGUAUCCAUACUACUAGGGCAUUAUAGUGUUUUCAUAGGCAGAAUUUUCCAUAUUGCAUUGUAUAUUCUCUAUCAUACUCUGUGAUGAGGUCCUACUCUGUUAUAAAAUCCGGUAAAAACCUUCUCUGUCAUGAAAUGCAUUGUGAUUUUGGGCAUAUCCAAAGAAUUAGUGUUCUUUAGGUUUUGACAGCCCAUACAUUUUUGUUUUUGUAAACCUUUUAUAUUUGUUGUGCGCAGAUUAACAAUACAGGCUUGUCCAGCCACAACAGCAUCCACAAACUUAAUUAUAACAAACAAUGGUGGUCAUUAGUAUGGCAUUCCAAGUCACAGCUCACUUUUUUUUUUUUUUGAGGAACUAGCAGAAACAGUUUGGUAAACGUUAGAAAGAUUAGUCAAGCAUUGAGUUGCAUAUAGGUAGACUAUAACCUGCGCACAAGAUUGCAUAGUUCAGGCAGCAUUUCAGAUAUUGAUCAAAAACAUGUUAGGUGUAUCACACAUUGAACAAGAAAUAAAAUUAAUGAUAUUGAAAGUAAAAUUGCAAACUGCGAGAUUGCCUUAUACUUUAUGCUAGGCAUGUGUGUCAUGAGUGUAGAGUUAUGCUAAUAUAUUAUGACAGGAAAUAGAUUAUAUUAAGUGAGUAUAUAAGCCUAAGCAUGUGUAGCAUUAGGUAUGGAAGUAGCAUCAAGGUGAAAUGGGCUAGUUCAGGCACAUCUAGAUAAAAGCCAAGAUGUAGGCUGAGCUGAGUCUGGCUAAUGAGUACAUUCCUAACAUUAGGCAAGUAUGCAAAUUAUUGGUUUGUUGUGUCAUAAGGUCAUAUGUCAUUGCAGGAAGUUGAGACUUGCAGGUCUUGUAUGUAUCUCAAGCAAUAAUGCACCAAUGACAAAUGCAAAGGAUUUAGACAUGUAGGUCUAUUAACAGGGUAUUAUUGAAGAGACUCGCAGGUCCCAAAUCGUACAUUAAGCACUUAUAAUAACAGGGAAUAUCAAGCGGCCCUUGGAUCUUUGUAUUUGACAGCCCAUACAUUUUGACCUGAAAUUUUUGUUACAUUAAAUUUAUAACUUUACAACCAAAAAUUGUAGGGCUCACUCAUAUAUAUCCCCAAUACUUGCCACUAGCCUUUUGGAACAUUUCUUGUUAUGACUAGGGUACCACCUAGGACUCCGUCCGCUGAGUGAAAUGCAACAUUUAGACACUGAAUCUUUUUUCUUCCCUCAAUGGUGCCCAGCCAUUGCAAAUGUGUAUUGAUCAGUCCUACAUUGCUCUCCUGAACAGUAUUUCUGUCUGCCCAGCUGUUCUGGCUCCUCGAGUAAACCAUAGUUGCAAAGCUAUAUAGGUUAAAACAAGACAACUACAUUGAGUUAAAACUUUAAACACAUAUUUUAUGCUUUUGAUCCAAAAUUUAAAUAAAUAAAUAAAAUUAUUCCUUGGAACAACAACAUAUUAAUUAAUUAAAUCCUAUAUUUGUAAUUGUUUUGUAUGCUGUCAUAAUGUGAAUACUUCUGUAUUCUGACAUGGAAACAUAUUUUAGGUUCUAAGACUUAACAUAUACAAUAUUUUACAAUCAAUUGUGAUAUUUUAGAAUGAACACAAUACACUUAACAUUUAAACUGUGCAUAUUAUUUUAUAUUAUUUUAAAAGAGGUGAAAACAGAGGUACUAACUUUUUGUGCUGGAACUACACAUUACUCAUACUUGACUGAAAUCACAAACCUUUCAUCAUGAGAAAGGUAUUUCAUUACUCAUGGAUUGCCUUUAUUGACGGUAAAGAUGUUUAUGAGAAACCAUGCCUCCAAGUCCACACAUACCUAUGAAAAUCCACACCACUAUGUUGCUCUCUAAGUCAACACAGCAAAAUAGGAAUAUCUCCAUAACAAUUUUUCUUCCACUCUUGUGAACUAUUUACUGAUUCUCCUCAUUACUCCCUCACUGCCCUGAACUGCAUCUGUGUAGCCAAAUAAAUAGCAUUUUAAAUAUAUAUAUAUAUAUAUAUAUAUUUUUUUUUUUUUUUUUUUCUUAUUUUUGGAAAUCCAUUUUGGUUGUUAUAUUGGUUGGCAUCCAAGGGAUUAUAUAGUUAAUUGAUUUAAUUGGUUUUACAUAAUUUGGUAUAUGUAAUAAAAAUGACAAUUAGUCAAUAAUAACUAAGACUAAAAAAAACACAAUUUGAAACUGACAUAAUCUAUAAUUUGUUUUACAUUUUAUUUCAGAUUACUGCUCUUAAAAUCAAACACAAUCCAUUUGCCAAAGCUUUUCUUGAUGCAAAAGAAAGGUAAUGUUCUACUUAGACAACUUAUGAAAUGCCUGUAAACAUCCUUUAUGUCGAUAGGUAUGUGUUUGAAUGUAUGGUAAUUCACCACACAUCCAAAACCAAGCUAUGUUACCUGUGGUAGCACACAUUUGCUAUUGAUAUUUAUUUAUUGUGUACUUUCCUCUAAUACUUUUAAUAAACUACAAUUAUUGACCUACUUUUUUCAGUUUGCAAUGAGCCAUUUUGUUUUAAUCAGCUAUCUGUAGUAAAGUUUACUUCUAAUGUCAGCCCAUGAUCACCUUGUAGAACAAUCCCUUUUAUACUGAAUGUGACCAUUUAAUAUAGAUUAAAGAUGGCUGCCUGGAACCUGGAAUUAAGUUCACCCACACCCCCAUAAUGUCAAACUUGAACAGCCCCCUGACACAAAUUAUAGACUUAGAAAACUAAUAUUACUAUCUUCACCAGAUCACAAUAAUUAGACUAAUAAAACCCCAAUGCCAGAAGGGUAAAGUUUGCAUGUGACAGGGGUUUAGCUAACUAAUAGUAAACAGCCUUCUGUUUUCAGUGUAAAUAUAUAUGUAGACAAAGAUAGGGGGAUUUACCUGUUUAAAUAAUUGGGUGAUGGUCAAUCAGUACAUACAUACCCCCAUCCUGACUGAUUCCUCUUCUGCAACUGUCACUAGUCUAAUACUAUCCUUACCUUUUUGUGUCAUUUUACCCCACUCCCUCUAGCAUGUAAGCUCAUUGAGCAGGGCCCUCAACCCCUCUGUUCUUGUGUGUCCCACUUGUCUGGUUACAACUACAUGUCUGUUCGUCCACGCAUUGUAAAGCACUGCGGAAUUUGACGGCGCUCUAUAAAUAUCAUAAUAAUAAUAAAUCUUCUUAGUUUGAUAAAAAUGUCUCUGCUCUGUGGUUAUUAGGAGUGAUCAAAGCAAGGAUUUUAUGGAUGAAGUUGAAAACCAUCAACAAUCUGGAUAUUCACAACGUAAGUUUACAUUUUGAUUAAAGUAAAUAGGCACAGGGAUUUUUGAAUUAUUUCCCAGUGUAAUCAUGCUUUCUGUCCACUUUAACCAACACACAACUCAUAAGAAAAUACUAAUGAUUUAUCAGUGAUCAGUUCCAUAUUUUUUCACAUAACUUCCCUACAGCGUUUUAUGGCUAUUUCUAUGGUAUGUUGUGCUUGCUGCUGCUCAUGUGUUCCCUCAGAAGCAGUCACAAUGAGCAAGUAAAAUGUAAAUAUUUUCUCAGAGAUAAAAAUUAAUUUUGAAUGAAAAAUGAAUGGAUUUUCUCCCUAAAACAAUAUUAGCAAGGUGUGUAGUAGUAGUGUAUAAACCUUAAAUCUAAUAAAGUAUUGAACUGAAAGUACAGAGAAAGAGUAAUGUAGGCACAAGGGAGGUUACUCCCACUAAAAUGAAAGGAACACUAUAGGGUCAUGAAAGCACUGGGGGGCUAUUGCGCAUGAGCGACACAAAGCCACACUGGGCAAUCAGCAUCUCCCCAUAGAGAUGCAUUGAUUCAAUGCAUCUCUGUUGAGAAAGAUCAGCACCUCCAUGCAGAGUGUAGAGAAUGAACAUCAGUUCUGCACUUUGUGUAUGCACUGACCAAGUAAACACUUCUAGUGGCCGUCUGAGUGAUUGCCACUGGAGAUAUCCCUAGGGAACAAUUUAAAUACUGUCUUUUCUAUGGAAAGGCAGUGCUUACAGCAAAAUGCCUACAAGUUCUAACUAUACUCACAAGAACAACUACAUUAAGCAUUAGUUUAUUUAGUUACAUUAGUUGUUCAGGUGACUAUAGUGUCCGUUCAAAAGGCUUUUUCCAGCUUAUGUUGCCAGUUGAUUGUCAGCUCAGCAAAUGUUAAUAAAUAAACACUGUUGGUGAAUAAACCCUGUUGGUGCUGAUGUGCAAAAUGUCAUGUGAUGAUGGUCUGACCGUAGGAACCUGCAUGCCUUAACAGAAGAUAUAUGUUAAAGUGUAUUUGCAAACCAGGUAGAUAACUUUUCCUAUAAUGACUAGAGAAACUUACACAAAGGGUCAAAAAAAGUAAAUUAUUCGGUAGUGUUUUAACUCAGUGCAUACAAGUAGCAUGGGAUAUGAAAACACAGAAUGAAAACAUCCGAUUAAACAUAAUGCACAGUGUUACUCCACAUUGUGCAAUGCAAGGCCCCUAAUGUCAGUAUAGCAUGGGAAUAUAUAUGUCCCUGAGUUUCCCAUGGUGGUGAGAGUUACACUACUGUGAUAUGAGUAAUAGAAGACAGAGUGCAUUAAUGGGGGCAACUGGAUAUGGUGGCUGUUUCCUGGAAGUGUGACUCACCAAUUCUGCUCUAUUCUGCUGGUAAAGGAGCUAUAGAGAGAAAAACGUGCUCUCGCUCUCUUUGCAAAACCCUUCUUCCAGCAUGUCCAUAAGGGGAAGCCACACUUUGCAGUUGCUGCCUGAGAAAGUGACUCAUUAAUCCCAGGCCAGGAUAAGUACUAUACUGAUCUAACCCUAGACAUAACCAUAAUUUUAACAAUUAUGUACUGAAAAAUCAUGUGUUAGUGCACAAUUUGAGAUUCUGAAAACAUCCUUAAAUGUUGAAUCAUGUAAAUUUUAUCCAUAUGUGAUUGUUCUUACUGAAAACUAAAGACAAAAAUCAUUCCUUCUGGCCGGCAAAUAAGCUAAGGUUACAGGUUCUAUAACUGUAUCCCAUGACACCUCAAGUAUUCAUUAUAAAAAAUAUGUUUUACAACAGAUUUUAAAAAAGGAAGUCUAAAUUGGAGAAAGAAAAGUAGUGCUAGAGAAUGUGUCUACUUUUGCUACAUUGGUUUCAUCUAAUCUAAUAAACAGCAUGAUGUUGGACGUUAAUAAAACACAGGUAUUUAUACUGACUUCAGCUAGUAAUUUGCUUUCUCUUUCAGUAGGUAGUUGGCUGCUACCUGGUUCCAGCUCACUUUGUUCCUCUGCCAGUCAUCACUCUCAGUUUGGAGGUCCUUUAAGCAUUACUUCAUCCCAUGGCUGUGAAAGAUAUUCUUCACUGAGAAAUCACAGAUCUUCUCCUUACCCCAGUCCAUAUUCCCACAGAAACAACUCUCCUCGUAAGUAAUAAUUACAUUCCAAAUAUAAUUAAGAAUAUGUCCACUUUUUUUAUUCUCUGUAGUGUAUUUUUCUAUGCAAGUAGUUAAAGGAUUGUUCUAGACAAAAUAAAAACUAUGUUUUCAUGAAGUUAUGUAUUUGGUUAGAGUAACCAUUGCUGUGUGGGUACAUGCACCCACCAUUAAAAAGUCUAAAGCCAAAACAUUCUUCUAUUCCAGUGUUGAUCCCAAGUAAGUUCUUCCUGUAGCCUGUUACUCCAAUGCUGACAUCCCUCCAUCGCUGGAUAGGGGUGGAUGUCAGGGAGGGCAGGCUGGGGAGAAUUAGGGCCACAUGGAGGGGUAGGGGGGUGGUUGCUGCCAUGUUACCAGCAUGCUUUGUGUGCUGAUGUCUGCCAGAGGUAGAGUUACAUUUCCAGAAGCAGAGGGGUUAAACCAAUUAUGUGCCACACGUGUCAUGAUGCUUGGAGUAUACCUUUGCUAAAAAGAAAACUCAAUAUUUUGAUGCAGCAAAUUCUAGUGGAUAAAAAUAGUAUAUUAACUAAACUAUAUAAUGCAGUAUAUGAUUUAUGGGUUAUCUCAAAGACUGGAAUUCAUUCCAUUGCCUUGUAUAAGACCUCACAUCUAAAUAGGUAAAGUAUUUGCAGAAUUAUACAUAUUUUUCUAAAGUUUAGUAAUGGAAAAAAUAGAUUUUGUAUUGUGUAGAAAAUGAAAUAUGCUUGAAAUAAAACAAAAACUAGUACACCUCUGUGGCAAAUUUAGAGCAGUGAACGGUGCGACAGCAUGCAUUGAAAAUAAUUUGUUUAUUUCCAACCCUAUUGGUAGGCUAGAUAUGAAGUUCUCCUCCACAAAGUUCAGUUCAGUGAAUUUUGUUUCCUCAUAUUUUUGAAAUACUGGUUAAUAGAACAAAUACUUAGAGAUAUUAAUUAUUUUAUCAGUUUAAAUCAAUGCUUCACAGCUAGUUAGGACAAUACAACAAUUUAAUUAUGUACAUGUAAUUCCUUUACUAGAAGCAAUGUUACAUAUGUGAUCAAUUGUAUUCUCUCUUAGUAUCCUGUUCCUUAAGACAGCUGUCAUCAAAUUUUCACUGUAAAUCUUGCUCAGUAGCCAUGAUGGGUCAUAGUCUACUGUUGUCUGACCACCUGCUCCUCAACUUAACUUGCCUGUUGAUCAGAAAAUAGUAGAAUCUGAUCCAACAUGGCUGGUCAGACAGAUUUUAAAAAAAAAUAAAAAAAAAUCAUAGUUUUAUUAAAUAUAAUAAACUUUUUAAAAACAUUGUGUCCUUUAAUUGUCAGUAUACACGAUAGACCCUCCCAAUCAGAAUGUCUUCAGCAAUGGGAAAGAGUUGUUGAUCAUAUUCUCCAUUCUAUUUUCCAUGACAGCUCAUCAGUAACAUAAAUGGCCUAUGCUUUCUGUAUUUCCUGUCAACAGUUUUUGCAUCCGCACACUUACAUUGAAACUUGUAAUACUGUUUGUCAUGUUUUACAUAUCUAUCAAAACAUAGCAAUUGAGGCUGUAGAGCCAGUCAAGGAAAGUGAUUCAGGACCUAUGUUGUUUAGAGGACAAGGCAAAAACCAGGGUUGUGUAUGGCUUCACUAGAGCUAUAAAUAAGGGAGAAACCACCAUUCUCCCAAGUAUUUUGGAAAGCAUCUAUAAACCCUUGUUACAGACUAUCCUAUCCUGCUCUAAGGACUAAGCAUUUCUAGAACCCGUUAAACUGUAACUGCCAGUUUCCAAGUAGUAUGUUGAAUAAACAUGUCUAGUGACUAAUCAGAACAUCUAGUCCUCAAAAUAAUUAUGCAGAACAGAAAAUCAAUCUAAAAGCAACACCAAAACAUUUGUGAUUGGGACCUCAAUAGCUGGGCAGGAUGAGUACCUGUAAAUCUAGUACUUUAAAGAGCCCACAACACAAAAUAUGACUGUUCUUCAUUACAAUUAUGUAUUACUUAUCAUGUACCCAAAAUUGUCCUGUGUAUAUUAUUUACCAAAAUUGUAAAGUAAAAUUCACAAUACAAUAUUAAUUUAUUUUAAAAAAAUGAAAUUAAUUUAAUUAGGCAGUGAAUAUGGUUUUAGAUACUAGAAAGAAUCUUAAAUGUAAAGAUUAUGAUUUCCUUCUUCAUAUUUGAGGCAGAAUUUAACUUUUAUUUAUUUUUAUUCUUGCAGCAAGUUACACAGAAAAUCCCUCUGCAUGUAUUCCCAUGUUCCAAUCAAAUGACCACUGGCCUAGCUUACAGAUGCAGACACAUACUAGCAUGCUUUCAAUAAAUCACACAAAUGGAACCUCAUCAAGUUCUUGGUAGGUGUGUUUAUUUGUAUAUUGUACUGCAAUCUUGAUGCAUCUAAUGUAUUGAACCAUUUAUGUAGCUUAUUUUAUUUGGGUUUUUUUUGUAUUGGAAUAUUUAAAACAGGUAUUUUGGAGAAUGAUCAGUUUGGUUUUAUAGUUUAUAAUUAGGGUUUGACAAAUGUUUCUAAAAUCAAGAAGUCAGCAACAAAACGUACAGCUAGACAAAAUGAUUUUGUAAUAUAUUUCUAUCCUAACAUGUGCGUAAGUAGUGGGUAUUGUAUAUGGGCCAUAACUAGAAACCCUUCUACUAAUCCCCACUCCACCCUAUUUACCCCAAAAUAACCAAUCCACAGACUUACUUGGUGAAAAUAGGCCACAGCUUUAUUAAAUAUUAUAAAUAUAAAUAUCUUCAACAUAAACUUUAUAACACAUUAACGUAACAUAUAACUUAGUCAGUAAAUAAGUAACGUCACUGAGUACCACCUGACAACAAAACACAAUCACAUGUGGUUGGCCAACCAUUCAAUUUCAGACAGCAGGUGAGCCCAGUGCAGGCCUCGGUUCCCGAACCAGCGGAUGUCCUCCAAUGCUGGCGACAGACCCAGUCGCAGUCCUCCGGGAUGAACUUCUGCACGUUGCUGUGCCCAAUACACAUGAGAAUGGACGAUCACCCUCACUCGCCUUCCGGCACCUACGGAGACAAAACGGGAAAUGGAAUCAGUCCGGCUGGACGAACGUAAGAACAGAACCUCCUAGAUUCCCACCUCCCAAUCCGCCAGAUAGCCUCCUCUGAAAACCUCCAAUCUGGAAGGAGUGCCCUCCAAACUCAGCACUAGGCAUCCUCAGGGCUUCCAGCGCCAUGUGGAAGACCCGGAUAAACUGAAAAUGGGACUGAAAACUGGAAACAUUGUGAACCAGCAACGGGCCAACGGACACACAGAACAGCCGGAAACAUGCGACCGGACUGGACAAACCACUGAACCAAGUACUACGGCUGAGAACAUCCACCUUGGAUUUAUGUAGCGAGAAACAUACAGAUCCUUUCUCAAUAAACACAUGGACAAACAAUACUCCCCCAGUGAUCCACACAUAAUGAAGAGGACGCUGCCGCCAAACGAUGGAUAAACAUGCCCAUGGGAAUAAUUUGGCGGACAAAUUGCAGCUUGCCCAGAAGCGACUGCAGUUGCCGCAAUUGGAUCUUCCUGAGAGAUGCAACGGCUGCCACUAGGCUGCGCAAAUCUGCCACCUUGCCCCCAGGCAGGCGACACUCCCCAGCCACGGAAUCUAGCUUGAUCCCCAAGAACCUCAAACAAGUAGAAGGACCAGCCGUCUUAUCGGGGGCCAGGGGGACCCCACACCACCACGACACUGACUCAACACUGACUCCAGAGUCCAAAGCAGGUGUGUGCACACAGAUGAAAUUGUGCAAAAUAGAAUCACAGGCCGCUUCUUCCCUUACCACCCAUUCCAAGAACUUGCUGAAGCGCUCAAAGUAGAAACAGGAGAUUGAGCAACCCAUACGGAGGCAUAUAUCCACAUAAUAUCCAUCCCCGUAGAAACAACCCAGCAGGUGUUGACAUUCCGGAUGUAUUGAGAGCAGCCAAAAGGCCGAUUUGACAUCUGCCUUAGCCAUAAGUGCCCCCAGACCCGCAGCUCGUACCACCUGAACAGCCACAUCAAAAGAUGCAUAUGAGACCCUACACAGCUCCGAUGUGGCAAAAGUGACCUCACCACUGGUUUUUGGAGGGGCCUGUUUGCCAGCCUUCUGCCCUGUGACUAUGGGCCUGGGAUGUAUUGCCCUUCUAGGAACUGAUUUGGGCAUAUUGUAUUUUAUUAUGCUGCUGGCCCUUUAAGAACCAUCUGGGGACAUACUGUGGAGUUACUGGGUGGCCACCAUUUCAUGUAUCAGAGACACAUGGUGAGAACAAAGGAUGAAGCACAUGGUGAGGCACUGUUUUGACUUUUCUACACGGUGCCAUCUCGCCGGUAUUUGGUGCACAAAGACAUUGUGCAGUAGUUUUAAACUAUACAACAGGGGACACAUCAUACAGUAAUUAUUUUUCAUAUAGCCUGUAUAUGUUCUGCGGAAUCUGCUUUAUGGGGUUAUUGCAUGUUUUGGGGUCCCUGUGAUAUGUUUUAUAACCGUCCCCAACCACAGAACCAGACACACCGAAUGGCACAAGAGUUGACUAGGGCAACAGAGCUACGACCACCACUGACUGGGCCGUAGCUGCAGCAACCAGCGGAAAGGAAUCCGGAAAAGUUUCCAGGGAUGUCCGGAGCAUCCACCUUGGAUUUAUGUAGCGAGAAACAUACAGAUCCUUUCUCAAUAAACACAUGGACAAACAAUACUCCCCCAGUGAUCCACACAUAAUGAAGAGGACGCUGCCGCCAAACGAUGGAUAAACAUGCCCAUGGGAAUAAUUUGGCGGACAAAUUGCAGCUUGCCCAGAAGCGACUGCAGUUGCCGCAAUUGGAUCUUCCUGAGAGAUGCAACGGCUGCCACUAGGCUGCGCAAAUCUGCCACCUUGCCCCCAGGCAGGCGACACUCCCCAGCCACGGAAUCUAGCUUGAUCCCCAAGAACCUCAAACAAGUAGAAGGACCAGCCGUCUUAUCGGGGGCCAGGGGGACCCCACACCACCACGACACUGACUCAACACUGGAGCCGGUCUGGAGCCACCUGUGAAGAAAAAACAGGUAGGUCCAUACCCCUCCCACCCAGACCAAAAAUGGCACCUUCCCCCAGGUGGAUGAGGAAGGUGCCCUGUAGGCCCAGAAGAAGCACCCAUGGAAGGGGGCUAGCAGAGCCACUAUGGGAAUAGGAUGGGGACCGCCGACUCCCACUACACCCAGUCAGCCCCUCCCCCCCCACAGCAGGAGGCCCGUCCAACACUCCGCCCGCCUAGGCCACAGGUCACACGCAGAAUGUCAGACCAGACGGUAGCCUGGGAAGGAGAUCCACCAAGGCCUGCAGGCUCCUGCUUCUAGGGGCCUGUGAAGGAGACUGUAACCAGGCAUGGGCAGCAGCAGACUGCCCCAUCACCUGAGUAGCCACGGGAAAAGGAGGGGAUUUCCCAAAUCUCGCGGCCGCUGACCGACAGACCUGUGAGCCUUCGACCUCCCCCGGGAGGGCUGAAACGUUCCAGGGGCUGAGCUCACCACCGGGAACGCCCGCGACCGACGAGAGGGGAGGCGGCAAUCAUCGUGGAGGCCUGCAGACAAGCAUCUGAAGCUGAGCUUGCAGAUGCAGACCCCCAUCUUGUAGGGCCUCAGCCCUGAGGCAGAAAGUACAGCUUCGAUGUCUAUACUCAGGCCCCGGCCGAAAACAUAAUUUGCCAAGACAAGCAGAUACCAAUGCAACUACAAGGCUGUUACCAACUGAAAAUUAAGAUGGCUGCUUGGCCUGCAAAAUGCCCUCCAAUUAAUACUGUCACACCCUUCAGUCCUAAACCUUUACCCACCCUUCUUAAGACCACCUUACUAUUUCCUUCUAUACACUCCCUUCACUCUCACAUGUCCCUGUUCUGUCUAGCCCUUGACUGAUUCCUCAUGGUCUAAUUGGCUCUGUAAUGCAUAGAGUUUCCCUUAUAUUAAAAUUUUUAUGCAACCAUAAAUACUAUUUUGUGCAUACAUGUGUAGUAUAUAUGUUUGCAUUUGUAUGUAUGUGUGUGUAGAGUGAAUUUACAUGUAAUGUAAAUAUCGUUGUAUGUGUGCAUUUCAUGUAGUAUCAGGAUGUAAAAAUGAAAAUGUAAUUUUGAGCGUGUAUGCAUGGAUAUAUUGUAUAGUGUGUGAUGUAAGUAUGUGUGAAUGCAGUAUCUAUAAGUGCAUUUGGGUAAAAGGUAAAAGUGUGUUUUGUAUAUAUCACACUCUCUUAUUUGUGUGAUGCCAGUAUUUAUGAAUGUAUAAUUAAAUUUGUUGUGCAGUUUGAUUGUGUUUAAUUCCGACAGUUUAUAUAUUUUAUUCAUUGCUUCCCACUAAUGCAGUUGUUGCCAAGACCACAUAUACAGAAUUUAGUAUCUCUGUCUAUCAACCGUAAUAUUAAUGAUUAUCUCUGAUCCUAUAUGUAUCCCUCUCCCCAUGUCCAUAUCUGUUUCUGCUUUAGUGUUAGUCUCAAUCAAGCUUCUGGCUUAGAAUAAGCCACAUUUUUUUCAAUAAAUCCCUUAAGCUGACCUGUUAAUGCUCAAUAAUGUCUGGAUCUGCUAUGGCACAGAGAUCUUGGUCCAUGACCUUGUUGCUAGAAUGAUCGUCUCAGUACUCCCCUUGAAGAGAAGCAAACAGGGGGCUAGUGGCUACUGUGAAGAAAAGCCCCAAAUGGAAACUGAUAAGGGCAAGAAGCAGCAUGGUGCUGGGUGAUAUGGCAAGCAGAUAAGGAGGUGUGCAGCUAUAGUCAGAAUUAUAUCAAUUGUAUGCAUGACUAAGACUACAGCCAAAACAUUGCAGUGAUUGGUGUUUUCUAUGCCUUCUGGUUCUGAACAAGGACAGUCUUUAAUUGCAUUAUCCACAGUGUUGCCCUCCGAAUUCCGAAUUGUUCUCUUUUACAGUCAGAUCAACAUUGUGCUACCUUCUGCUUUUUGCUACGUGCAUGUCAAAAUGAAAAAAUAAUAAACAUAAAUUGCCUCUGAAUCAACUCCUCACUCCCCUUAUAUAGAAGGUGCAUGUAUAUUUGCAUUCUAAUAGUAUGAGGUUGAAGCUACUGCUCCAUCGAGUAUGUUAAUUGGGUUCUGCAAUUGAGACACAAUUCCUGGUCAGAUCCCAUUGCUGCGUAAUCAUUUAAUUUAUUUAGACUCAGUUUGUUCCUUUUACAUUAUAAAUAGUAGCUGUGGCAAAGAUGCCUCUACCACAAGCUCCUGGAGGAGCCUGCUGGCUAGCUUUCUGCCCAAGGACUAUGGGUCAUGUACCAGACUUCUAAAAGUCUUGGUUUGUGUGGUUUCCCUUUAUUGUUCGGGAGCCGAACAAACCCACAAACAGUGGACCACCUCUGGGCUUGUUAACCCCUAUUGACCUCUCCUGACUCCUCCAUCAUCAUUUUCACACUAUGGAUUCUAAAUGUUUGGCUCACUGGCCAUCGUUCGUAUACACGAAAACGUGGGAACUGAGUUGGCAUCCAUCUUGUUCGCAAGAAAUGGAGGCAGCGGCGUUUGGUCGACGAGUGCAUGGAACUAAAAUCGAACACUCUAACUCGCCAAUAGAGAUGUCGCGAACCGUCCGCGAACUUCUCGCGAACGGUUCGCCACGGUUCGCCACGAGCUGUUCGUGGCGAACUCCGGUCAGCUGAUACAUCCCGGCCAAUCUCCAGCAGACCCUCCCUCCCAGACCCUCCUACUUCCUGGACAGCAUCCAUGUUUCAACGGUUCGCGACAUCUCUACUCGCCAAAACUGCUGAACUUUGAAGAACACCUGCUUCGUUGCUAUUUAUGUCAGGAGAGUGCCGUUCGGUAGGAUUGUUCGCAUGAACUAGGCGAACAAUCGCUACCUUGGAACCAGGAGAUCUGUUAGGUAUUUUGUUCGGUUUUGGACUCCUGAAAUUGACCAACCACUGCCACUUUUCUUAUGGAACAAUUUUGGGCAGAAGCCACGUGUGCGGUCGGUCAAAAGUUGACUUCCAGGGAAAAUCCAAACCACUGAACCGAUCUAAGUGGUUUUUGGAUAUGAUAGUAACUCAGAUCAGGGCUAUCUGGGGAUGUGACUCUUGAGGGGUUUCCAUAGAUUUUGGGGGAACUUUUGGGGUGUUUUUCAAAUUAUGUGUUUUUCUGUACCUGGAGAUAAUUGAGUUUGUACAGUUCCUGACUCAAUUAUCUCUCAGGCACACGGGAGGAGUUUACUGUAUGUAUAAAUUCUGAAGCUUUACCUGCAUUAACCCCUUAAGGACACAUGACAUGUGUGACAUGUCAUGAUUCCCUUUUAUUCCAGAAGUUUGGUCUUUAAAGGACCACUAUAGUGCCAGGAAAACAUACUCGUUUUCCUGGCAUUAUAGUGCCCUGAGGGUGCCCCCACCCUCAGGGUCCCCCUCCCGCCAGGCUGGAUGGAGAUGAAGGGGUUAAACUUACCUCUUUUUCCAGCGUCGGGCGGGGAGCUCUCCUCCCUCUUCUCCUCCUCUUCGGCUGAAUGUGCAUGCUCGGCAGGCCAUUUUCACAGUGAGAAGCACGCAAGCGCCUCUAGCGGCUGUCAAGAGACAGCCACUGGAGGCUGGAUUAACCCUAACAUAAACAUGGCAGUUUCUCUGAAACUGCUAUGUUUAUAAAAAAAAGGGUUAACCCUAGCUGGACCUGGCACCCACACCACUUCAUUAAGCUGAAGUGGUCUGGGUGCCUAUAGUGGUCCUUUAAGGGGUUAAACAGAUCUACUCCCAGAAUAAAGUCUUGGCUAAUGUGUUGUGGAAAUGCUAUACUGGCUAUAAUUACUAAUAUACAGCUAUACUUCUGUAGGAGGGCUGUAGGAGAAGCUGGAUGCAGGACCCUGGUCCAGGGUGGGAAGAGACGGCAAGGCCGCAGCCAAGCUGCGGCAGCUAGGGGCUGAAAGUGCUUAUGAUGUCCCAGCCAAAGCUAGAAAGUGUGUUUGGCAGAGGUACCCAGUCGGGGUACCAGGCGGUCCGCCACAGUAGCCAUGUAUCUCUCUGCCAAAAGGAAUAUGGCAAAAAUAACAAUUUAAACAUUUGUCAUAGUCUACUUUUUUUUAAAGUAAUAAAAGAAAUGGAAAUAUUCUUAUAUAGCUAAACCACAACUACAUAUCACAUAUACAAACAAUAAAUUGAAAAAUUAAACUCUGACUCAAUUUGAUGUUAUAGAUCCUAGCCAACAGAAACUAACUUAACCUUCAACAACUGACUGAAAAGCACCAUCUAGUGGUCCACUAUGUUUACAUUAAACAUCAUGCAAAGGCAGGUGACAUGCAUAUAAAUGUCACUGUUGCUGCUAUUUCCAGGAAUGCUGCUGCGCCAUCACUAUUAGGUGAGAGGAUACAAUGUAAUAGGAGGCAGUGGGUCUACCAUAUUCUAGUCAGUCUACUUGGCAUGCCAGACACAGAUGUAUAAAAACAGGUAUAAUCCUCCACCUCUACGGCCUCAUGAAGUAACAUUAACACUACUGGAUGGACACUACACUCACAACACUUAAGAAGUUCAUCUAUCCUGCAUUUGUUUGUAUCUGUUCAAUUACUGAUUUUACCUUUGGCACUUCACAGCAUGCAUUAUCCACAGUCCAGACCGAGGUACUCGUGGCCACAAGGAAACAGGUCCACACAUUUAUGAAUCCCCUACAUGCAAUGAUAAUACCAGGAGAGACAUUAUCAUUGUGAUGUUGGCAUUUUGCUGCCCACAUGGGAGGCAAUGUUACUCCAUAAUAUGAGGAGUACUAAGUACCAUGAUUCCAUCAACUGCCAAAUAGUCAUAUCAGAGGAGCCCAUUGGGGACACCAUUGGGAACACUGCCCUCAAGGAAUCCCUGGAAUACCUGCAUCAUCACUGAUUCAGAGAGAGUACACAGAAUAAUUCUGACUGUUGUCUGGCAUGUGUGAAAUGGUUAACAAACCAACUAAACUUUUAAUUUCUGAAUUGCCAUUCUACUUUUGUGGCAGGUAGUUCAUCAUAACUGAAUGCUGGUUUCUCAUUCAAUUAGCCUGGCUGGGGUAAUGAAACUGAAUGUGGAAUGCCAGCAAGUGGCCUGUGCGUAUGAUGACUGUGCACAGUGAUAUAUUUGUUGCGAUUAGAGUGAGGCUUCUGAGUUGGGUAAAGGGGUGGCUUUAUCCACUGUAUAAAGUGCACAGACCAUUGUGGAGAGAUCAUGCAGAAGAUGUAGUUGAGGCUAUCUCAGUAGCAAAGGUGGCUAUCUAUAUGGCUUUGCAGUUAGCUGAGAGAAGGCUGCACUAUCAUUAUGCAUUAUGAUCUCUUACAUAAACCAACCUUGGGCAGCUUGAUACCGUUGCAAUCACCUCUGUGCACCCUUCUCCUCCUUUUGCAGGGCUUCAGGCUAUAGAUGAAAUAUGUAAUGGAUAUGUGAGAGUGAUGGAAUCCAGAGCUGGAUUUAUUAUUAGGCAAACCUGCCAACCCUGCCUGUAAAAGCAGACAAAUCCAAAGCUGCAGGAGUCUGUCUGUGUCAUGUCUCGUUUAUAUAUAUAUGUAAGACCUUGGCCUGUAGUUGUGGGAGGGGCUUGAAUUCCCUUCGGGGCUAUGGGAGGCUGGAAGUUCUUCUCCUAUACUCUUUACAUUCUGAACCCAAUUAAAGAGGUAAUACAAGCUUUUGUGACUUGGCAGAAUAAACAAUGGUUAUUGUAGGAUUAAUUUUGUAUGGUAUUCUUCUUUUUGCCCACUUUUAUUACAGGCCUACUGCUCUGUUGGUUCCAGCACACCACAACUGACUGGUGUCAUUUCAAUAUGUCCAUUGGUUAUAAUAUGCUAUGUUACACUAUUAUCACGGCUAGAUUGCCCCGACUACAAAUGUAAGGCCUUGGCCUGUAGUUGUGGGAGGGGCUUGAAUUCCCUUUAAAAGGGCCGCCAAUCCUCUCCCACCUUACUGUGGACAGUCUGGCGAAUCACCCCUCCCACCGCUCCCUCUAUUCAUAUCACCCUCUAAAGUGGGCCCACUUUUAUUACACGCCUACUGCUCUGUUGGUUCCGGCACACCACAAUCGACUGGUGUCAUUUGAAUAUGUCUAUUGGUUAUAAUAUGCUAUGUUACACUAUUAUCACGGCUAGAUUGCCCCGACUACAUAUAUAUAUAUAUAUAUAUAUAUAUAUUAUACAUUGUAUACCUUUUAUAUUUUCUGCAUUGUAUACUUGAUUCCUCCUUCCAUUCAAUAAUUCCAUUCUUUGUAUUUUUCUUUCUAUACAGUCAGUAUCCCAGUUUGUGGUCUGUGAGUAACAGCACAAUAGGACCAUUGCCACAGACAGGAGGGAUUACUAAUGGACUUGGAUCUCAGUACCUACGAAGCUCUACUGGUCAUUAUACUCCAUACAAUCAAAUUGUCCAUUCGCCCACUAUGGGAUCUCCUUUAUAUGAAAGUGGAACUACGGAUUUGGAAGACAACCAGUAUGAUAUCUCAGCACAUGAAAGACUUGCACCAGCUUGGGCUUCAGUAACGCCACCACCCUUGUAAAAAGAGUACUAAAGCUGGGUAUCUGACAUACUGAAGCCUCUAGUUAUAUAACAAAAUAGAAAGUUGUUUCCAGGAAAGCUAUGGGGAGAAUAUAUGGAAAAUUACUGUCCCCAUAUACAGAACAUUUGCUCAGCUGUAUAAAGAAACUCUGUCACUUCAAUUCAGGGCAAACAGAUAAAUAAAGAGGCAAAGGGGGAAAUAAGGCCCACAAUCCUUUAUGACAUUAAAAAAGAACUUCUACAACUGAAAAUUAUUAAUUUGCAUAAGCUGUCUCAUUAUGAUGUCACAACCCUGCCAUAUGCUUGAGAUUGUUCUAGUGCAAGGAUUAGGUAAUAUUUAAAUUCCACAUAUAUGCUUUUAGAAGCUAACUAGGUUAAAUCAUUAUAUAAUGUAUAAUAUAACUUUUUUCUCUUUUGUAGAGCUU